AUGGCCUGGCACGACGAGGACAGCUGGCUCACGGCGGCUUUUGCGCCCAAGCUCUCGACCAUCGCCUUCACCUUCAUCCUCGCCAUCCUCCUGCCGAUAUUGCUGCACCAGUUCAUCUACAGAAAGGCAAACCCGACGACGCUCCCGACAUUCCUGCUUAUCGGCCCCAGUGGCGGCGGAAAAACGGCGCUUCUGACACUGACCGAGCGCAACACUGUCCUUCCAACUCACACGUCGACGGUUCCUCUCGCCAUCGAGGCUCUCCUGCCCGAAGGCUACACCCCGAACUCGGCCCACUACCGCUCCGCAGGCGACCCUGCAUAUGAGCGAGCACGCCGCUUCCUACUGCUCGACACCCCCGGCCACGGUAAGCUUCGCCACUUCGCAACGACGCAGUUGGUCAACCCCACCAAUGUCCGCGGCAUCAUCUUUGUCGUGGACGCCGCGUCGGUUGCCGAAGAGGCGGGGCUCAACGAGGCAGCCGAAUACCUACAUGACGUUCUGCUAGCCCUGCAGAAGCGAUAUACGGGGGCCAAAACUAGCAAGGGCCCCAAGGAAAUACAGGUUCUGAUCGCUGCCAACAAAAUGGAUCUGUUCACCGCACUCCCCCCGCAUCUGGUGAAGAUCGAGCUGGAGAAGGCAAUAUCCGAAGUCAGAAAGAGCAGGGCAAAGGGAUUGAAGGAUUCGGGCGUUGCCCUUGCCGGCGAGGAUGACUCGCUGGAUGAGGAGCGCGAAUGGCUAGGCGAAGGAGGCGAGGGUAGUUUCGAGUUUGCACAAAUGGAGGAGGUGGGGACGAGCGUCACGGUCAAGGGGGGCAAUGUGACUGGGGGCGGCGUGGACGUGAAGAGCUGGUUCGAAUGGAUUGCGGAGCAGCUAUGA